GCACAAAAUGAUAUCUUUUAUUGCUAAAAGUCUAUAAACAUUCAAUAAAGAGUGGCGGAUCGCAAAACUUGCUCAGCCACCAAAAGCUGCCCUUGUUCAUUCUUACGACUUUCAAUUUGCGUAUUUUGUCUUUUUUUGAGUGCAUAAUAGUUCUCCUAACAACGUUAUGUCAGCACUCGGCCGUAUUUCAAGAGCUAAGAUUUUCACGCCCCCAAGAACUUGCUAUGGCUACUUCGCAAGUGCCAGACUACAUACAACACGUACUGUCUUGGCUAGUUCAAAUGAGUCACCUCUUGACAAGAUUGCUCAGGGAUUCAACUCUUUCAAAACAACCGUAUUGAGUUCUCCUCCUCUUCGUAACGUAACCAAGCCAACCGAUAUGCCAUUUACUGGAGAAGCAUCUAACUGGGACCAAGCACUCAGUGAGGCACAAAGCUUAGUGAAAACAACCGAGAAUGAGCGCAUAAUUGACCCUGCCAAGCUAGUAGGCGAUGAUUUAAAAGAAAUCAAAUCCAAUAUUUCGAAAUUGCUCGGUAGUAGACAUUCCUUUUUGAAUACAGUAGCUCGCCAUUAUUUCAGUGGAGAAGGAAAGCACGUUAGACCAUUACUUGUACUUUUGAUUGCCCAGGCAACCAGCAUUGCAGACAAGAAAUACUUGACAAGCAAUGUAGACUACAAGUCAAUUGAUACACCUAUUUCACAUGGAUUGGAAAACAUUACAGCGAAUGAUGUUUUUGAUAAAAAAAUACAUUAUACACCAUCUGUAAGCGAUCAGGGAUGUGUCAUUUUACCAACACAAAGACGUUUGGCCGAGAUUUCUGAAAUGAUACAUACAGCCUCUUUAUUGCAUGACGACGUAAUCGAUGCUUCGAUGACACGUAGAAACUUACCUUCCGCUAAUGCUUCUUUUGGCAACAAAAUGGCUGUCUUAGGUGGCGACUUUUUAUUAGCCAGAGCAUCUAUUGCAUUGGCACGUCUCAGAAAUGCAGAAUGUAUAGAGUUGAUGUCAACUUGUAUAGCAAAUUUAGUGGAAGGAGAAUUUAUGCAGUUAAAGAACACAAAAGAUGAAGCUGAUGGCAAAGUCAAAAAGUUAAGCACAUUUGACCAUUACAUGGAAAAGACCUAUAUGAAGACUGGCAGUUUAAUUGCUUUGAGUUGUAAAGCAUCUGCUGUAUUGGGUGGUUCCACCAAAGAAGUUGCAACAAUUGCAUAUGAUUUUGGAAGAAAUUUAGGUCUAGCCUUCCAGGUAACACCAAAAGAAAAAACAUUCAAAAUAUUCAACCCAACUCCCCCAUUUAUAAAUAGCUUGUAGAUGACAUGCUUGAUUUUACAGUAACUGCCGCAGAACUUGGUAAACCUGCUGGUGCAGAUCUAAAGUUGGGAUUGGCUACUGCGCCUGUCUUGUUUGCAUGGGAAGAAUAUCCUGAAUUAGAGGCACUUAUUAAGCGUAAAUUUUCUCAUCAAGGUGACGAAGAGAAGGUAAAAUUCUUCUGGGGGAAAGUGUUUUUUAAUCUCCAUAAAAAUUGAUAGGCUAGGGAUCUUGUGUACCAA